AUGGAUAUCAUAGAUUGUAUUCCCAAAAUUGUUACUGAAGAAGACAAUGACUACUUGACCAUGAUGCCCACAGAAGAGGAAAUAAAGGAGGCUAUAUUAAACAUAUCCAGUGAUAGUGCUGCUGGUCCGGAUGGUUUCAACGGAGCCUUCUAUCAGAGUUGUUGGCAUAUUAUUAAAGAGGACAUUACUCGAUUUGUUCAGGAUUUCUUCAAAGGAGCCCAGCUCACGAAGUAUUUCUCUCAUACCUGUCUGGUCCUUAUCCCCAAUAUCGAUGCUCCGGAGACAUUCUCAAACCUAAGACCUAUUAGUCUUAGCAACGUCUCUAGCAAAAUCAUAUCCAAAAUCCUUUCCAGAAGAUUGAACCCGCUCCUGCCUAAGUUGAUCUCUAACAAUCAAAGCGGUUUUGUCAAGGAUAGAUUGAUCAUGAAAAAUGUCCUCCUGGCUCAGGAAAUCAUCCAGGGCAUCAACAACUCCAAUAAAGGUGGGAAUAUUGUUAUGAAACUGGACAUGGAAAAAGCUUACGAUAGGAUGUCCUGGGAGUUCAUUAAUGCAGUGAUGAGGAAGUUUGGUUUCUCAGAGAAAUGGAUCAACAUGACUCAAAGGAUACUAUCCAACGUUUGGUAUUCCAUCCUUUUAAAUGGCACCAGGAAUGGUUUCUUUACUUCUUCCCAAGGGUUGAAAUAG